AUGCAACACAUAAGUUUCAAAUUUUCGAAAUCUUAAUUUUCGAAUCAUUUAAAUUGAACCAAUUAGAAUCAUCUAAGGAUUAUUACUCUAUAGUGCUUCAGAAAUGCUGUGGUGAAGAUCUUAGAGUAUAUUUGACAAAUAAUUCCUCAAAAAUAAAUUGGACUUCUAAAAUAAGAAUAGCUACAGAUAUUGCUAAUGGUUUAAAAUAUAUUCAUCGGGCCAAUAUUGUACAUCAUGCAUUGAAUCCAAAACACAUAUUAGAACAUGAUGGUAAAUUCGUAAUUAUCGGAUUUAGCUUAUCUGUAUCUCUUAAUGAAGACUCAACACCAGAUCCUGCCGAAAAAAUAUCCGAUUCUGAGAAUAUUUAUGUAGAUCCAGUGCGUUCUAAUAUUAAUUAUAAUAACGAUAAGUCUUCAGACAUUUACAGUCUUGGAUUGGUACUGUGGGAAAUGUCUAGCGGCAAAAUCCCUAAUAUGAGAAACAAGGAAGCUCCAGUCAGCUCAACCCCAAUAGAUUACAAAGAGCUUUAUGAAA